AUGUCAGCUACGCGAUAUCGUCGAUUUCUUAAAUUGUGUGAAGAAUGGCCCAGAGAUGAAAGCAAAAAGGCACGGGAUUUGGGAACUUUUUUAAGACAGAAGGUGGCCGUUGCGUUUCGAGAGGGGGAAAGUACACAGAUAACCGAUCCAGAAAAAUGUGACCAAAUGUAUGACAGUCUGGCUCGAAUAAACAGUAAUGUAUACAGACAAAAGUUUCCACGAGUAAGGGACACAAGUUUCACAGGCGUAACAGUGGAGGAAUGUAGAGUCCUCCUGUCUGGAAGUGUGCAACAAAUGGAUGAAGAGAAGAAGGGUUUGUGGAAAACAUUAAUGCAGAGAUUUUCCUCUAAACCACCGGAAGACGGCCAAGAAAAAACUCAAGAAAAAUAA